ACUGAUUAGAAAACAACCUUCUCUUCAUUCCACUUUGAACUCAAAAUUCCCUGUCACUAAAGAUCGAUAUACCAAGAAUCGAAUUGGAAUUGGAAUACAGAGAAUUUGGGUUUCGUCUCUCUCAACUUUUUUUUCUUCUUCUUCUUAAUCUUGUUCUUCUGCUCGUGUUGUAAUCUCUCUUUUACUCGUUUCAACCUCACCUUUCGUUUAAAGCAAGAGUCAUCACUCAUCACUCUCUAGUAUAUAUAUAAAUAUAUAUAAUAUAUAUUGAGUUGAAUAAGAGCUCAAAAGUGUCUUCCUUUUUCUUCUCCUUCUUCAACUUGAGACAGUUUUUUUACAAUUUGGUUCCUGCUUUUGAAGUCUCGCCGUCUUUGGUUUCGGCCAGAGCAGAUUUUGGUGGUGCAUUAAAAGUGAGAUCUUUAAGAAGACUAGGCAUAGUUUUUUGGCAGGGCUAAGAAGAUUUGCAGCUGAAGAUAUUGCAAUUAUUUCGACGCAUUUAAGUCCAUUCAUAUAAAUAUAUAUAAUAUAUAUCUUUUGCACUCUGUACCAAAUUCUGCAAUGGAUAAUUCAUGACUCUCUCUCUCUUUCUCACUCUGUCUCAACUGUGUGGCUCUGUCUCUGCUUUUUCUCACUCUCUAAUAGUACUACAACACUAGUUUUAUCAUUCUACAAACUAGCUGGGAAAAAAAAUAAAGUUGACAAAUCAAAGUCAAGGCCGAAAAAUAAGUUCGUUUUGCUUGGAAGAGAGUGAAAGAUCCGAGUUUCAUUCACUUUGCUUUCUUCUCCUUCAUUAGAGGGAAAGUGACAUUUCAGAGUUCAGACAAGAUCUACCAAGAUUUAGACGUUGCCUUUAGUGAUCAAAAGACCAAGACAAUGUUGCCUCAGAAGCAAGCAGAGGAAGCCAUAGUCUCUAACUUCAGCGAGGGCGAUGGCCAUGAUCAAGCCAAGGAAGAAGGAUCAAAAGAAGAAGAGAAUCAAUCAAUGUUCAAUGUCAAGAAUUUUCUCUGGCAUGGUGGUUCUGCCUGGGACGCUUGGUUCAGCUGUUCUUCCAAUCAAGUUGCUCAGGUUCUCUUAACAUUGCCAUACUCGUUCUCUCAACUGGGAAUGGUCUCUGGGAUUGUGCUUCAGAUAUUUUAUGGACUGGUUGGAAGCUGGACUGCUUAUCUGAUCAGUGUACUCUAUGUUGAAUACAGAAGCCGAAAGGAAAAAGAGAACGCUAGCUUCAAGAACCAUGUCAUACAGUGGUUUGAAGUGCUUGAUGGUUUACUCGGUCCUAUCUGGAAGGCCUUGGGGCUUGCUUUCAACUGUACUUUUCUUCUCUUCGGAUCUGUCAUCCAACUCAUAGCUUGUGCAAGUAACAUUUACUACAUCAACGACAAUCUAGACAAGAGGACAUGGACGUAUAUCUUUGGAGCUUGUUGUGCCACCACAGUGUUCGUUCCCUCUUUCCACAACUACAGAAUUUGGUCUUUCCUUGGCCUCGGGAUGACCACAUAUACUGCUUGGUAUCUGGCUAUAGCUGCUCUUGUCCACGGCCAGGUUGAGGGAGUCCAACACACAGCUCCUACCAAGCCUGUGCUUUACUUCACCGGCGCCACUAAUAUACUCUACACCUUUGGUGGCCAUGCCGUAACAGUGGAAAUCAUGCAUGCCAUGUGGAAGCCACAGAAGUUCAAGUACAUAUAUUUGUUGGCUACUCUCUAUGUUUUCACACUCACACUUCCUUCGGCUGCAUGUGUUUACUGGGCAUUUGGUGAUGAACUCCUCAACCAUUCCAAUGCCUUCAGUCUCCUCCCCAAGAAUGGCUUUCGUGAUGCUGCUGUCAUCCUAAUGCUUAUUCACCAGUUCAUCACAUUUGGGUUCGCAUGUACCCCAUUGUACUUCGUGUGGGAGAAGGUGAUAGGGAUGCAUGACACAAAAAGCAUAUGUUUGAGGGCUUUGGCUAGGUUGCCAGUUGUGAUACCAAUAUGGUUUUUGGCCAUAAUAUUUCCUUUCUUUGGGCCCAUCAACUCAGCUGUUGGGGCUCUACUCGUCAGCUUCACUGUCUACAUUAUCCCAUCUCUAGCUCAUAUGCUCACUUAUAGAACAGCCUCAGCUCGCCAGAACGCAGCAGAGAAGCCUCCUUUCUUUAUGCCAAGCUGGACGGCAAUGUAUGUCUUCAAUGCCUUCAUUGUGGUUUGGGUGCUUGUGGUUGGAUUUGGGUUCGGCGGAUGGGCUAGUGUCACCAACUUCGUCAGGCAAAUUGACACUUUCGGACUCUUUGCCAAGUGCUACCAAUGCAAACCCCCAACUCUGCCGAGCAACGCCACCGCCGCCCCCCCGCACCAUCUUCACUGAAGAAAAAUAAAAUUUGAAAAGAGGAGAAAAAAAAUUACUUCAUAUUUUGUACCAUACAUGGGGCAAUAGUAAUAUUUCCCCUACAUGUAAUGUGUGUUGUUUUUUGUUUUUGGGGUCAUUUUGAUUCUUUUUUUGUUAAUUUAGUUGAUAAGUAAAAUAGUGUGUUGCAUUGUGAUGAUGAUUUCCUUUGCUAUAAAAGCAUUAUAGGCUAUCUAAUUAAAUUAAAGAUAUAUAUAUGUUUUUA